GGCCAGUAGUGACACUGGCAAUCAGCUUCUGUUAAUAGUUGGGUCAUCAUCAUCACACUGCGCUUAAAAUUUCUUACAAGAAGCACGUCUUAAUUUGAAGACACUUUAAUUCACACACAAGCCAUCCUUGUCAAAUUUGGUGCCUGAUAAAUCGAGAAUUGGCAGAAUGAGUUUAAGCAUUUUCGAAGACGACGUGGACCCAGUCGACGAAUUUAUCACUGAGCACAUCGAGAUCAUGGGGUCUGUACAUAAUCUUAGUUACGUGGAUGAUGAAAUUCUUCCCAGAUUGGACACAGGGAAGAAUUACAAAUACCCGGAUAUGCCAGUAAUACCGGCGACUCAGGCUGUCCAGCCAGUGCAAAAACCGAGAUCAAUUUUGAAAUGUCUCAAGCAGUACCGUCCAAGCUGGUUGUGGUAUCAUCGUGAAGUUCGAUUUGUGGAUUUUCCUAACCGCACCACUUGUUCCGUAAUUGCGGGCCAAUCCAGUGUGACAACCGUGACAGGGAGAACCGGUAGGAUGGCGGACAAGAACGGAACGGCUGAAACAACCGAUGGGAAAAACGGGACGACGGCAACCGUUCCGAAGGGAAUUCUUACCAAUCCGCUUCCAAUCGCAGCCAGCGGUACCAGUGGGGAUCGAGAUCCAAUGGUGGCGGAGGCUCAAUCUGCCGCUAACAACAACAUGCCGAACGCCAAUUCCAACGCCAAGAUUUCGAACGGGCCUGGAAUGACGGAGAAGACGCUGCAAGGCGUAGAGAUGGCAAGUAGCGAAGCGAGGACGACCCUCAUGACUCCUGGCGCUCCGGAUGUGAAAGCCUCAUCUGCUGCAAAACGAAGUAGCCGAAUUCGCAGCAGAUCUCUUUCCGCCUCGUCAACGGAUUCGUACAGCUCCGGUAAGUCCUCUUACACUGGGAGCAGUUCCGAUGAAGAAGACAUUAGUCCACGGGACAAGCAGCAAAAGAACAGCAAAAAUUCAAAUGAUUUUUGUGUUCGAAAUAUUGACUUGCAUGGUUUCGGUAGAAGGGAGAUCGAAAUUGCGGAGCAAGAAAUGCCCGGAAUUUUUGCCUUGAGAAAACGUGCUUCGGAUGACAAGCCUUUGAAAGGAGCCAAAAUUGUUGGAUGCACACAUAUUAAUGCCCAAACUGCGGUAUUGAUCGAAACCUUGCGUGAAUUGGGUGCACAAAUUCGUUGGGCUGCAUGCAACAUUUAUUCUACUCAGAAUGAAGUUGCUGCUGCUCUUGCUGAAGCAGGGUUUCCGAUAUACGCCUGGAGGGGCGAAACGGAAGAAGACUUUUGGUGGUGUAUCGAUCGCUGUGUUAAUGCGGAAAAUUGGCAACCCAACAUGAUUUUAGAUGAUGGAGGGGAUGCUACCCAUCUGAUGCUCAAGAAGUAUCCAGCAAUGUUUAAGCUGAUUAAAGGAAUCGUGGAAGAAAGUGUGACUGGGGUUCACCGAUUGUAUCAACUCUCGAAAGCUUCAAAGCUAACAGUCCCUGCCAUGAAUGUCAACGACUCUGUAACGAAAACUAAAUUUGACAAUCUAUACAGUUGCAAGGAGUCCAUCAUCGACAGUUUGAAACGGUCAACUGAUGUGAUGUUUGGUGGAAAACAAGUGGUUAUUUGCGGUUAUGGGGAGGUUGGGAAAGGAUGUUGUCAAUCCUUGAAAGGACUUGGAUGCGUGGUCUAUGUAACUGAAGUCGACCCAAUUUGCGCACUUCAAGCCUGUAUGGAUGGAUUCCGUGUCGUAAAACUGAACGAAGUGAUAAGAACCGUAGAUAUCGUGGUGACUGCAACGGGGAAUAAAAAUGUAGUGACCCGAGACCACUUGGAUAAAAUGAGAACUGGUUGCAUCGUCUGUAACAUUGGACACUCAAACACGGAAAUUGAUGUCGGAAGUCUACGAUCGCCAGAGUUGACAUGGGAGAAAGUUCGCUCUCAAGUUGAUCACAUCAUUUGGCCUGAUGGAAAACGAAUCAUAUUAAUCGCCGAAGGGCGUUUGAUCAAUCUCACUUGUUCAAGCAUUCCAUCAUUCGUCGUCUCUGUUACGGCUGCGACACAGGCUUUGGCUCUGAUUGAGCUGUUCAACGCUCCACCUGGAAGAUACAAGUCCGAUGUUUAUCUUCUUCCAAAGAAAAUGGAUGAGUACGUGGCGAGUCUACACUUGCCAACAUUUGAUGCGCAUUUGACAGAAUUGAGUGAGGAUCAAGCCAAGUAUCUGGGUCUCAACAAGGCUGGGCCGUUCAAGCCAAACUACUAUCGCUAUUGAUGAUAUCAUGACAUUCAGACUAGCUCUUCCAUGUCAAUGUUGUAGCAUUGUACUGCAUAAAAUUGGCCAAAUUUUCAUCCAUGUCAUUCACUUUACAUUGUGUUUUAAAUUCCUAGUAAGUUAAUUUGAUUAUAAUUUGAAUUAAUUUGUAAUGCAUCCAUCACAGUAGUUGGAGGAAAGGAUAUAACUUUUUGCGGCCAUGGAUUAUAAAUCUCAAUUUACUGUUAAUUAGAACUAAAACUAAGUUGUUCUUAGAUUGUUAGUGUGUACCUUAAAUGUGUAUGUUGAAUGUAUCUAAUUGUCAAGUUCUUGCUAAAUCGUUUUGAAAAUUUCAAAAAAAUGUACAUCUUGAUCUUAAUCUGUAACUCAUAAUAGGUUCUCUAAAUGUGGUCUGGCUAGUUUAUAUCUAACAUAGCUCAGUUGUUACAUAAUGUCCCCAUAUGAUCUUGAUUAUGUGCGUCGAAAAGAUUGAAUUCUGUUAUUAUCUAUCUCAAACUUGUUAACUGAAUAUCUAUAUAUGCAUAUUAUGCAAAAUAUCUGAUUUGAUGAAAUGACAGAACAACCUUGUCCCCUGUCUUAACUACUAUCCAUGUCGUAAAUAGUUAUGACAAUGCUUGUAUUCAUAAAAUUCAUUUAUUCAAUGAGUGUAUUAUUAUGUCUUAGUAUUAAAGUAGUUAUUAGUCUUUGGAUAAUUUAGUGUGAAAUUAGCCAACAAUACAAGCCUUUACGAACUAUAUAAAGACCAAUUACUGCAAAAGAAGAUUGAAGUCUUACAAUUACCAAUUGUUACCAAUGACUGUUUUAGCAAAGAAACACACCAUAAAAAUUAUACGCAUAAAAAAGAUUUUUAAUUUGAACAACGACUCUCUAUAUUUAAAAAUUAUAUAUGAUGGUAAUAAGGAUUUCAAACAAAUUCAAUUGUAAUAUCUGAUGAAACUAUUACGCAUUCCAGUGAAAAACUUCUUGUCAAUUCCUGAGAUAGUCUAAUCUUUAAGAUUUUACAUAUCUUGUCAUCAUUGCCAUUGAUUAUAAUGUUGACUAUAAUCAUUGUGUGGUGCAUCCACCAUUGGCUCUGUUAUUUUAACAUUUUCAAUUUUAAACUAAUCUGUAAAUUUUUCUUUGAACCCAUCUUUAUAAGAUGAACAUAAACACUACCCAAAUAUACAUAUGUUACGUAAGUGAACCUUGUGGUAGGUUACAUGUCUAAAUCAACGUAUUAUACAAGCUAUUAUUUCCUACAUUUAAUUUAAUCGGACGUUUGAAUCAACAACUAUUCAUUCUACGUUUAACUAAUUAAUUGAUGAAUUGCACGAGUCCUACAACAUGCGAAUUAUUAUUGUAGUUAAUGUUGUAUAUGAAUUUUAGUGUACUAGCAACGUCCAAAAACACGACAUUGACAAAUACUUAUGAAUUAGAAUAGGCCAAAAUGUCCAGUAUGUAUGUAGAUAUCAUCAGAACUACGACUUUCAAUUUCAAGAUACAUAAUCUAAAGCUCAAUUUGCUAGGAAUUUUUUAGAAAUUCACCACACACUGACUGUGAAUAUGUCGAUUGAAAUGUAUCAAAUAUUUUAAAUUAAAAUUAUUUGUGAGGUGAAAUGAUUUUUAAACAAACAAUUACAACUUCUUUACAAAUAUGACCAACCAAUUUGAAAUAUGAAACACCAGUAAUCAAAAAUCAUGAAUCUUCACAAAAAAUUGGAAACUUGAAUAUAAAGCCUUCAUACAAACUUGAUGUGAAAAACUGUGUUUCAAUUCGGUGUGUUGUUAGUACGGUAUAUGUAUUGUGGUAUCUGUACUUGUAAGAGUUGUUUUGUUUUCAAUAAAGUGAUAUGAAAUUCUA